UUUACUCGAGCUCAUGACAGAACGAUUAAAAUUUAAAACAUUGGAAGAUGAUCCGAAUCGUAACACAAAAGUCAAUGUAUACGUAACGCAUGACUGGAACAUAGCUGCCCUUCUUAUGUCAACAUUCCGUUUCAACGGAUUUAGGCCACCUCCUUGCGCAACAAUUGUCUGGGAGCUUUACCGGCGUUAUAACAACUAUCAAGUGCGCAUGUUGUAUUACAAUUCCAGCAAUCCAGAGCUUGGAUUUCAAGAUCCGUUUAUGUUCACCGUCAGAGGCUGUACCGAAUAUUGUCCUUUAGCAUAUUUUGUUAAUUUUUUCAGAGACUACAUUCCAAAAGAUUGGAACAAGCUCUGCGGGUUGAAGAAGGUCAAAAGUCUUGAAUCGGAUGAAAGCGGAAGACCGUUUUCACUUUCUGAUGAAAAGAAUCCAGGAAAAGCAUAAGAAAAGAAAUUUCUUCAUCUCUGGAAUUACAAUAUUUUAUGGCAAUAAAAGGCCUGUAAAUUAGUUACUCCUAUUGUACCUAGUAAAAAUAUGAACCUUUAAA